AGCCCAUCCUCUCCAAAUAAAUGAAAAGCCAGUAACAUAGAGAGACAAGAAGCAUCAAUCAGCCUUGCUCCAUCCGUCCGCCCCACGCGAACCGGCCCAUGCUCCAUCCCACUUCAAGAUCUCCUCGCCAAGCUGUCGUCGCCCAUUUUUAUCGCUGCUUUAAGCACGACGGCGCGACACGAUGAACUCUUCGCAGCUGCCGCUCCACCACCUGCAACCCACUGCUAUUCACCUGCAGACUCUGCCACAGGCCUUUCAGAACCUCGAGGCUAUCUCCCCGGAAGCGAGCGAUGGCUUCUUUCAGCAGCGGUAUACUCAACAUUUGAGCCAGGCGCAUCCGCACGCGACUCCCCAAGCGUUGCAUUUCCAGCAACAUGCGUUACCGCAGAGUCAACCGCACUUUGCGCCGUUUCCGGGAGGAUAUCAGCAGGCGCCGAGGUUUGAGUUGAGCACGGCGCCUCCACCUGUUCCUCCGCCUGCGCCGCCGCACCAACAUAUUCAAGCUCCUCCGAGACGGCAACCACAGUCGCAGAUUUCACCGAUAGCCAGAGCACCGCAGCAGCAGCAGCAGCAGGUGCCGGAGUUCGAGCCAAGGGAUGAAUUUGUAACACUCCCUGUGCAGGGACAAAGCAGAGGGAAUGCGCAGGUCCAAGAUGGAGAUGACGUGGUUAUAUCGAACCAUGGUCAGUUUGAGGGACUGAAGUUGAUUCCUAAUCCGCCGGACUUAGAGGCUUGGAGGGAGAGGUUGUUCCAUGUGGACGAUACCAUUACGCUCACCCAAGAAGAGUUUCAGACAUAUUUCCCGCACGUCGACAACGUUUACUCGCACCGCUCGACGCAAAGACAUAAACGGAAGAGAUUUGUGAGCCAUUACUGGGAUUGCAGGCUCAAGGGAAGACCGCCGGGCACGAAGAAGUCUACGGAUCCAGAGAAGAAGAAAAGGAAGCGGGUAGCCCGCGAACGCGAUCUCUGCGAUGUGAAGAUCAAGAUCACCGAGUACUUCGACGGCGCGGAACUGCUUGAACAAACAGGGCAGCAGCCACCCGGGGAUACGAUAACAUCUCCACUCGAAGCUGCGAGCGGGAAUCAGUUCUUCGGACAGAGUGGGGUUGGGGCAGGUGGUUGGGGCAUGCAGGGCAUGACAGGAGCUGGAGGUGUGAACGUGGGGAUGGCGAUGGGACUGCGGGAGCAGAAGAAGUUUUACACGAUACAAAGAGUUAAUGGGAACGGGGGGAAUGGCAAAGGGGAUGGCGUCGCCGGACCGCACAAACAUACACUGGAGGAGAGCGAUCGGGUUAAGAAAAACAGUGUGCAGAGGUGGUUGAUGCGUAAUGAGAAGGACAGGAAGAGGGUGCAGGGCGGUGAUCCGACCAAGAAGACGUAUCAUAAGAAGGCAACCGGAAAUGCUCUUGUAACGGUCAAGAACCACUCCAAGGAGGAAGAUCUCAAGCUGUUUGGCAGCUGCUUCUGUCCCUUCGUUCAACGUGUCUGGAUCUCCCUAGAGCAUAAACAAAUCCCCUACCAAUAUAUCGAAGUCGACCCUUAUAAGAAACCUCAAUCCCUCCUCGAAGUCAACCCGCGCGGCCUCGUUCCUGCGAUCCGCCAUGGCCCCACCUGGUCCACUCACGAAUCCACCGUCAUCAUGGAGUACUUCGAGGACCUGCACAUGGGGCCCGCUUUGCUCCCCCCAGACCCGCAAACACGCGCUACCUGCCGCCUCUGGUCCGACCAUGUAAACCGCCAGAUAGUGCCUGCUUUCUACCGCCUGCUUCAAGCGCAGGACACCAACGACCAAGUGAACCACGCUUCCGAGCUCAAAACCGAAAUCGGCAAACUGGUCGACGCGGCGGAUGCCACCGGUCCCUUCUUCCUGGGUAAAGAUCUCGGGUUCGUUGAUGUGCAGGUGGCGCCGUGGGUGCUGCGGCUGAAGAGAGUGCUGGGUCCGUAUCGCGGGUGGCCGGAACCAGAGGAGGGGAGUAGGUGGAAGAAGUGGGUCGAUGCUAUUGAGAAUGAGCCCAGCGUGCGGAGGACGACGAGCGAGGAUCAGCUGUAUUUGGAUAGCUAUGAGAGAUAUGCGGAGAAUAGGCCGGGGACGAGUCAGGUGGCUAAUGCGGUUAAUGCGGGGAGGGGCCUGCCUUGAUGGAAACCUGGGGUCGAAGUGGUGAGACUGUGUACAGCAAAGAGUGCGGGAGCGACAUGAGGUAUUGUAGAAUAUAUAUUUUUCAAAUCUUGUAGGGGUAUGGUCCGGGGGAGGCGGAAGCAAGCGACGAUCUGCGCACUUCUACAUGCCUAGCUCUGCGCCCGGAUGAGAUGUUUGGGGCGACCUUUUGUAUGUCUUCUGUUGACCUAUCCAGCGGGAAUCAGUGGGUCGAUCGAACGGCAAGACAUUACUCCUCAUCCG